AUGGAUGGUGAGAACAGUUGCGAUGCUGGCUUGACCUUAAUACAAGAAACAAGCAGAAAACAACUGGAAGCAAUUGAGCAGCUUCAGGCAGAAAUUAAAAAACGUACUACGCAGAUGAAUACGCUGCACCAGCGAUUUGCUUUUUUGCAAAUUCAAACAUUGUUGGAUACUAAAAAAGAUGAUUUUAUUAAGAAACAAAUUCAGCACACGUGUGCUCAGUACACGGAAUUGAAUUCUGCAUCUAUGCUCACCGAAAUAACUCGACAUCGGGACCACAUUAUCUUGUAUAUGGAGGUCAAUCCUGAUGAGCAGGUUGCAAACUGGCCAGCUUUAGAUUUGCUUCGCUGGGUGUAUAAGUGGAAGCUGCAAGAAAGUUUAACUAACUUUGUUGUCACAUUAAGAAUCUUUCUUACUAUCACUGUUUCUACUGUUAAUUAG